CUUUCGGAGCCGCUGUAGCGCUGGUAAUUUGCAGUGAAGAGUCGACGGAAACGACAGCGACACCUCGGAAUAACUAAUGAAGCAGUGAGCUGUCGCCGGGCCGCCUUGUUUAAAUUGCAGCAACUUACUCGUGUCUGGUGUCCCAAGUCCUCACAAAGUGCAACUAUCUCCUGGCACUGUGUCGUUGACAGCUGCUUGUGCUGCUGUAUGCUUAGGUGGCUGUACUGCAGCCGUGCUACACUGGCGCAACCACGUAUUCUCUGGUGGUGUGUGGUUAUCUCCUAAAAUGCAAAUGAAAGCACGACUUCUACUUUGUAAGCAUUGCCUGUGGUGUCAUUACUUUAGCAGAAAAUACAUAUCAACUACUAUAAUAAGCAAGUCCAGUGGGAAUUAUUAUGAUCUGCUAGGUGUCAAAAAGGAUGCAACAGUGGAGGAGAUCAAAAGGGCAUUUUUUGCUCGUUCAAAAGAGCUGCACCCGGACAGUGACCCUUCGAACCCAGGUCUACACAAACAGUUUGUAGAGCUAAGUGAGGCAUAUCAAGUCCUCAGCAAAGAUGUGACCAGGAAGACAUAUGAUGCACGAAUGAGAGUGAAUGCCUUCAAAUACUCUACUACAGAUGCCUAUACUUAUCAUGAUUGGCAAACUCCAUCAAAGAAUACACAGUCUGAAAAUAUGCACUACUGGGGCCAGUUUCGCAACACUUCUAAUGAGGAGAUUUGUCCAAAAGCAAAAAGACAGCGAAACCAGAAACUGGUGGGCUAUUGCAUUCUAAUAAUGUUGGGUGGCAUCUUAGCCCACUACGUGGGUUUCCAGAAACUGGAGGAGAUUCACAGUAGUUUCAUGAAUGAAAAGGACAAAAUAAUCACUGAGAUUUAUAAUGAAUCCAAAGAAAGAGCUAGGGUAAAUGGCUUCCAGAAGCAGCAAGAGAUCCUUCGCAAGAAGCACGCUGAAUUUAUCGAAAAGCAUCAACUAAGAAGAGGAAGCAAAGAUGAAUAAAUUGUAAACAUACAAAUAGAGAAUUCUUCAUGAAAAGUGUGGGUUUUGAAUAGAAGAUGAGUUAAUAUUCUAGCUGAAGGCAUUGGGCUUUGCAUAUUUAAAAUUUAUUUUUUUUAGAUAUUUGCUCUGUAUUAAACUUACAUUAUUCACAAGUAAUUUGCAGUGUAAACUAAUAUCUGACUAAAAAGCAUUAGACACAUUGUUUGUCUUAAUUUACUUGUCA